AUGUCGAGGUCGGAGUUGGAUUUGGAGAAAGCACUAAAGAAGGCUUGCUCCAUUGAGGAAGCUGCUCCUAAGAGAAAGCACGUACGUGCUUGUAUAGUUUAUACGUGGGAUCACAAAUCUGCGAAGUCGUUUUUCAAUGCUUUGAAAGUUCAACCUUUCGCUCAAGAUGAAGUUCAGUUAUUCAAGGCUUUGAUAACUUUGCACAAAGUUCUACAGGAGGGUCAUCAAUCUGCUCUUACGGAGGCUAUUCGGAACCGUGAUUGGAUUGAGAGUUUAGGUCGAAUCUAUUCCGGUGGAAGUAGCGAUGGAUAUGGAAGGUUAAUUAAUGAAUAUGUGAGAUUUUUGUUACAGAAAGUUGACUUCCAUAGAUCUCAUCGUGGGUUUAAUGGAACUUUUGAAUAUGAAGAGUAUGUUUCUUUAGUGACGACUUCGAAUCCUGAUGAAGGCUACGAAACUAUUCUUGAUUUGAUGGACUUACAAGAUGGUUUGGAUGAGCUAGGACAUGUUAUCUUUUCCAGUAUCGGUGAUUCUCGUCGUAGUGAGUGUAAAAUUUCGGCGCUUGUUCCGUUGGUGGCUGAAUCGUAUGGUAUUUAUAAGUUUAUCACUUCAAUGAUCAGGGCAAUGCAUAAGCAACUCGGUGAUGAUGAAGCUUUGGUACCUUUACAUGAAAGAUAUGUGAAUCAGCAUGCUCGGUUGUUUGAAUUUUAUGCAGAUUGUUCUGCUAUUCGAUACCUAACUAGUGUGAUCAGAAUUCCAAAAUUACCUGCGGAAGCUCCAAGUUUGGAUGAACCUGAUGAAGACGUGGUUCCUAGUAGUCGUGAAAAAAGUGAGACACCGUUGUCUAGGAACAUGAAAAGCUCUGAGAGUUUGAAGAAGAAGGAAAGUCCGGUAGUAUCGUCCAGUGGGUAUGUUCCUGACGGGGCCACGGGGUAUAGUGGUGUCGUUCCAGCGAUUACUCCCGUGGUUACUGGGUUUGCUACGCCUAGUCUAACUGGUGGAGUUAACAGCAUGUGGGGUGAUAGCGUUGCUCAACAAUAUCAAGCUGCACAAGAUAUGCAGCAACAGUUACUACUUCAGCAGCAACAACAACAGCAGCAACAGCAGAUGCAACUGGAACAAGAGCGUCAACGUCAACUACAAUUGCAGCAAGAACAAGAACUUUUGGAGAGGCAAAGACAAGAACAAAUGAUGCAGCAGCAACAACAACAGGCAGCGUUUGAAGAACAGUUAAGACAGCAACAAACUGCCCAACAGGAAGUAUUGCAUCAGCAGGUACAGAAUGAUUUAGUUGCGUUACGUGAUCAGCAUGAGAGGGAUCAGUUGCUGCUACAGCAGUAUGAUGAAAGAGUUAGUAGUUUGGAGAAGGAGAUUGAGAAUCUGAAUUUGAAUGCUUCUAAUCAGUUGGAAAACAAAGAAGAACAGGUGAAGAGUUUGGAGCAGUGGAAGGAUAAGUAUGAAGCUCUAGCUAGACUGUAUGCCCAACUGCGUCAAGAGCAUUUGCAAUUGUUACAGAAAUUGAAACAUGCUCAGAAACAGGCCAGUAGUGCUAAGGAAGCCAUCGUUAGACGUGAAGAGUAUGAAAGAGAUUUGAAGAAUAAGGAUGAAGAUUUAAGAGGCGCGUUGAGUGAAAGAGAUGCGUUGAGGUUAUCCGUCGAUAGAAUGCGGAAGCAGUUUGAGAAGGUUGUAGUGACAGCAGGUCUACGCACAUUAGAAGACGAAGAACAAAAAGGUAUAAAAAAAGUGUCACACAAAGGAACAGCUCUUGCGAGUGCAUUUAACAAUUUCAUUGCAGAUGGGUUGAAUGGUGAUCUUGUUGAUUUAGCAAAGAGUGUUUCUGAAUUCACAGCAGCAAUAAUAGAACUUUCGGCGGGUCGUGAAGAAGCAUCUAAAUUUCUUGAAGGGCUUCUAUCUCUUUCUGGUACCGACGAAGAAAAGACAGAUACAGUUAUUAACCUCAAUGUAGCCAUGCAAAAGCAAUUACAAGAUAUGGAGGGUACCUAUGAAAUAGAAAAAGUAGCAGAAGCUAUAAUGGCUGUUUCGCAUCCAGAACACAUGUCGGGAGCAGUGGACGCUAUUUUAGCAUUAAUCAAGGCUUCCAUUGAAUGCCAAAAGGAAAAUGCUGCUCCUCCGUCAGAAUUUUACAAGAAAAAAACAAGUGGACAGAAGGAUUGGUUUCUGCAGCAAAGGCUGUAGCGAAAGCAACUGAGAUCAUGAUUGCAGCAGAAAGCUAUGAGGAAUUUGUUGUAGCUUCGAACGAAGUUGUCGCGUCUACUGUGCAAUUAGUGGCAGCGAGCCGUGUAAAGUCCGAUUCACCUGCCCAGCGAAAACUUGAAGAACGUGCCAGAAUUGUAUCAACUGCUGUGAAAAAUUUGUUACAAACAAUGAACUCAGAAUCCAAGGAGUUCGACUAUUCAAAGCUAUCUGAACAUGAAAACAAGACUGCCGAAAUGGAACAACAGGUUGAGAUUGUGAAGUUAGAGAAUGCUUUGGAAGAAGCAAGAAAACGCCUUGGAGAAAUCAGAAAGUAUAGCUAUGUAUUUUGA